AUGGCACUGCCAACAUAUUUGAAUUUUACCAACAACAUCCGAACGCAUGCAUACUUCGUCGGUGCAAUUAUGACGUUGGAUACGAUCUGCACUCUGCUGCUUGCUGCCGCCUGGAACGUUAAGGCCGAGCAGCUUCCGGAGGACUUGCAAUUCAUCGCUAAAGCAAAGGAGUUCCUACUCGUGGUCGGUAUUGUGCACACACUCAUCACAAUCGUGUACUGGGUUGGUUUCCUCAAGCGUCAGCGAUGGUGCCUCACACUGUUUAUCGGCAUUUUGGCCAUUUCCAUCACGCUGCAGUUCAUCGGAUUUCUUGGUGCGAUACUUCAGCUACAGUUUGUCAACGCGUGUGUAGUGCUGAUCGGGCUUGCGAUUAGCGGCUACUUUUUGUUGGUUACACUUCAACUGCGUAAAGUCAACUCGGAGUCCCUGCGAUCACAGGAUGGAUUUAGUGCUUAG